AGAAGGGAAUUUUUUCUUCUUCCACCAGGGCCCAAUCGCCUUUGAGGACGUGGCUGUGGAUUUCUCCCUGGAGGAGUGGGUUCUCCUGAAUCCGGACCAGAAAGCCUUGCACAAGCAGGUCAUGGAGGAGAUGAAUGGGAUUGUGGACUCUCUCGUAGAUAACGGGGAGAAGAGCCAUGUAUGCACCAAGUACAGGAAGCAUUUGGGACACAACUGGGCCUUUCGUCGAGACCAGCAAGCCCACAGAGAAGAUGGAGGUUCUGCCAGAGAAAGGCCCGACAAAUGCAAUGUAUGUGGGCAGUGUUUUACCCAAAAUAUGGCACUUGUGCUUCACAAGACACUUGAUGUUGGGAAAAGCCAUCUUAAAGGGAAAGUAUCUGCAAAAUGUGUGGUGAAACACAAGAAAUUUCACAUGGGUCAGGAACCAUACAGAUGCCAGGAGUGUGGGAAGUGUUUUGUUUCCAGUUCAGCCUUGGUGAGGCUCAAAAGAAUCCACACAGGAGAGAAGCCACACCAAUGCCAGGAGUGUGGGAAAUGUUUUACUGCCAGUUCAGACUUGGUGAAACACAAAAGACUCCACACAGGAGAGAAGCCAUACCAGUGCCAGGAGUGUGGGAAAUGUUUUGCUUGCAGUUCAACCUUGGUGGGCCACAAAAGACUCCACACAGGAGAAAAGCCAUACAAAUGCCAGGAGUGUGGGAAAUGUUUUGCUGAAAGUUCAGCCUUGGUGAGCCACAAAAGACUCCACACAGGAGAGAAGCCAUACCAAUGCCAGGAGUGUGGGAAAUGUUUUGCUUGCAGUUCAACCUUGGUGGGCCACAAAAGACUCCACACAGGAGAAAAGCCAUACCAAUGCCAGGAGUGUGGGAAAUGUUUUACUGACAGUUCAGCCUUGUUGAUCCACAAAAGAGUCCACACCAGGGAGAAGCCAUACAAAUGUGAGGAGUGUGGGAAAUGUUCUGUUUCCCAUUCAGACUUGUUGAAGCACAAAAGACUCCAUACAGGAGAGAAGCCAUACAAAUGCCAGGAGUGUGGGAAAUGUUCUGUUUCCCAUUCAGACUUGUUGAAGCACAAAAGACUCCAUACAGGAGAGAAGCCAUACCAAUGCCAGGAGUGUGGGAAAUGUUUUACUGACAGUUCAGCCUUGUUGAUCCACAAAAGAGUCCACACCAGGGAGAAGCCAUACAAAUGUGAGGAGUGUGGGAAAUGUUCUGUUUCCCAUUCAGACUUGUUGAAGCACAAAAGACUCCAUACAGGAGAGAAGCCAUACAAAUGCCAGGAGUGUGGGAAAUGUUUUGCUUACAGUUCACACUUGGUGAAACACAAAAGAGUCCACACGAGGGAGAAGCCAUACGAAUGCCAGGAGUGUGGGAAAUGUUUUGCUUUCAGUUCAGCCUUGGUGAGGCACAAAAGACUCCAUACAGGAGAGAAGCCAUACCAAUGCCAGGAGUGUGGGAAAUGUUUUACUGACAGUUCAGCCUUGUUGAUCCACAAAAGAGUCCACACCAGGGAGAAGCCAUACAAAUGUGAGGAGUGUGGGAAAUGUUCUGUUUCCCAUUCAGACUUGGUGAAACACAAAAGACUCCACACAGGAGAGAAGCCAUACAAAUGCCAGGAGUGUGGGAAAUGUUUUGCUGACAGUUCAAACUUGAUGAGCCACAAAAGACUCCACACAGGAGAGAAGCCACACCAAUGCCAGGAGUGUGGGAAAUGUUUUGCUUACAGUUCACACUUGGUGAAACACAAAAGAGUCCACACGAGGGAGAAGCCAUACGAAUGCCAGGAGUGUGGGAAAUGUUUUGCUUUCAGUUCAGCCUUGGUGAGGCACAAAAGACUCCACACAGGAGAGAAGCCACACCAAUGUCAGGAGUGUGGGAAAUGUUUUGCUUUCAGUUCAGCCUUGGUGAGGCACAAAAGACUCCACACAGGAGAGAAGCCACACCAAUGUCAGGAGUGUGGGAAAUGUUUUGCUGAAAGUUCAGCCUUGUUGAGCCACAAAAGAGUCCACACCAGGGAGAAGCCAUACAAAUGCCAGGAGUGUGGGAAAUGUUUUGCUUUCAGUUCAGCCUUGGUGAGGCACAAAAGACUCCACACAGGAGAGAAGCCAUACGAAUGCCCUGAAUGUGGAAAAUGUUUUACUCGGACUUCAUCCCUUAACCAGCACCAGAGAACACAUACAGGCUAAAAAACAGCCAUUGUGGGAAAAUGUCUGAUUUCAAAAGGACCCUUUGAGAAGUUCUGCGUCAGAUUUGGUGGAGUCCCGUUCUUGUCAUUUGAAUCCCUAAGUUGGAGGUCCUGUUCUCUGGAGCAGCAGAAAGCAAGCUCUGUGUGACAAUCCCUCAGAGCAGUGGUUCUCAACCUGUGGUUCCCCAGAUGUUUUGGCCUUCAAUUUCCAUAAAGCCUAACAGCUGGUAAACUGGCUGGGAUUUCUGGGAGUUGUAGGCCAAAACACCCGGGGACCCACAGCUUGAGGACCACUGCUUCAGAGGGUUAAAUAUGAUUGUCAUGUCACCUCAUCUGAAAAGAAAUAAACCAUAUGUAAUUCCAUCACUUGUUCCUUUGGGCUUAGUUUCCAGCUCCAUUUCCACCUUGGUUGCAAAUGUCCAGUUUGUGAACGUUGUUCCCCUACAGAAACAUCCUCCGUUUUCCUCUUUAGUCGGGAAUGGUUAGUUUGCAUAUUGUAAAUAGCCGUUAUGGGAGGGAUCCAGAGUGGGCCCCUUCCCUUUAAGACAGUGGUUCCCAACCAGUGGUCCACGAACUACCAGUGGUUCACAAGAACUAAAAUACGGUCUGCCGUCUAACCUUCCCUUCCCUUCCUUUGCCUUCUUUUCUCUUGCUCUUCCUUUUUCUCUUCCCUUCCUUCCCUUUACCCUCUUUUCCCUUGCCCUUCCUUUUUCUCUUCUCUUUCCUUCUUUUGCCUUUUCUCAAGUCCUUCAUUCCUUUUUUCUCUGCCCUUCCCAUCUUGCCCUUUGCCUUCUUUUCUCUUCCUCUUCCCUCCUUUUUCUCUUGCCCUUCCUUCCUUUUUCUCUUCUCUCUUCUUCCCUUCCUUUGCCUUCUUUUCUCUUGCCCUUCCUUCCUUUUUCUAUUCUCUUCCCUUCCUUUGCCUUCUUUUCUCUUGCCUUCUUUCCUUGCGUUUUCUUUCUCUUCGCUUGCCUUCCCUUCCUUUGCCUAUCAUAUGUUAUGGACUGGAGUAGAGUCCAAUAUAUGUCUCAUUUGAUGCCUUAUGAACUUGAAUGCUUACUGUAACUGUUUUUCUUAAUCUGUUUAUCCUAUUAUGGUUAUAUUAUUGAUCUUCUCUGAUUGGUGUUUAUGUGACUUUAAUAUGUUGUAAGCCGCUUUGGGUCCAGUGAGGGAGAAAAGCAGAAUAUAAAUAAAGAUUAAUCAUCAUCAUCA